UGUUUGCCUUAAACCGUAAUCAAUACUCGCUUAUUCAAACAUGGAUCUUGGAAGCUCUUAUGGACUUGGUGGGCCUAACAUUACAAUUAGAGAGCUAACCAAAGAUCGUAUAAACUUCAUUCUAAGUGAUACUGAUCUUAGUGUUGCCAAUGCUCUUCGUCGAGUUAUGAUCGCCGAAGUACCAACAGUUGCGAUUGAUAUGGUAGAAAUUGAAACAAACACAACUGUGUUAGCCGAUGAAUUCAUAGCACACCGUCUUGGUUUAGUACCAAUUGAUAGUAGAGACGUUGAUAAAUUACGUUAUACCAGAGAUUGUACAUGUUCACAAUAUUGCCCAGAAUGUUCAGUGGAGCUGACGCUUCAUGUUAAAUGUACUGAUGAUAGAACAAAGGAUGUAACAACCAGGGAUUUGACGUCCUCAAAUCCUUCCUUCAUGCCAGUUGUACAAGAUAAAGACGAUGCAGGCGUGCUUUUAGUGAAGCUACGUAAGGGGCAUGAAUUAAAAUUAAAGUGUAUAGCAAAAAAGGGUGUUGCAAAAGAGCAUGCAAAAUGGAGUCCUGUCAGUGGUGUGGCCUUUGAAUAUGACCCAUACAACAAACUACGACAUACAACAUUUUGGUUUGAAGAAACUGAGGAUGAAUGGCCACUGAGUAAAAACGCGCAAUAUGAAACACCACCCGAUAAAGAUGCUCGUAAGUUGCCAUAACGAAUCGCGAUUUAUUACAGACCAUAAUACUUAUACUUUGCCGUCGUCACAGCUUUCGAUUAUAACGCUAAACCCGAUAAAUUUUACUUUGAAGCAGAGGUAAUUUUUUAUAAUCAAUAGAAUUUGUGUAUCUUUCAGCUUACAUACUUUAUUAUAUUUAGACGGUUGGUUCUUUAGCACCCGAAGAAGUUGUGACGAUGGCUAUGAAAACACUUGUAGAUAAGCUCGCGUAUGUACAAAUGCAAAUUCAAGAGGAAGUGGAUAAUAAGGAACAAGAUAGCGCCAAUCCUUGGGGCGGUUAUUAAUUGUUAGUGCAUUAGGAUUGCUUAAUUAUGUACAAAGUCAUUAAUGAAUUAAAAAAGUAAAGCACGAAAGCAUCACACGUAUUACACGUACGCACAUCAUUAUGUGAU